AUGGGAGGCGCCGACGCCGAGAGUUGCGAUACGACAGGCGAGGAAGUAUCCGAAGGAAAUCGGCAUAUCCACACGUUCCUCUCCGCUGACCGAGAAGACGAAGACGAAAGAGAGGAAGAGGACGAAAAAGAGGAAGUUGAAGAGGAAGAAGAGGAAGUCGACGACGAAGAGGAAGAAGAAGAAGUUGAGGACGAAGAAGAGGAAGUUGAAGAGGAAGAAGACGAAGAAGACGAAGAAGAGGAAGGUGACGACGACGGAGAGGAAGGAGAGAGUAGAACGUGGCACGACGAAACUGAAGAGGGCGAAGACGGAAACGAAGAGACGUGGUUUCGCGUGUCCGCCGAGGGGUGUUCUUGCGAGGACAAGGGUAUCUGUUGUGGAGCGGAGUUGGAGACAGAGAGAGGCGAGCGAGAGACAAGAUCAGCUGGAGGCGACAGCGAAGAGGCCGUCGUCGAAUCUUGA